UAUUGAAUGCAUUGAAAACACAAUACAAAACCAAUCCAUUCAUGAAAACUUAAAAUCAAAUUUCAUUUAAUUAUUACUACAAAUCGGUCGACAAAUAGUGCCACAACUUAACGUGACAAUGUCUUCAUCUGCGGGCAGUGGUGGUAUGGGAUGGGGAGGGACUCCUCAAUACCACGAGAGCGCCGCCGAAAUGGACCGAAUCCAGAGGCGACACGCGAUUAGGAGGCGCUUGAAGACCGAGUACAACCGUUUGAAUUACAAUCCGUACAAAUGUGCCGCUCAUGUCGAGAUCUUGGACCCAUCGGUGCAGCGGUUUAUGGCGAUGAGGGCGUCGAUGUAUCAGUACUGGAAGCCCUCGUGGGGUAGUUUCGCAGCCUUCAUGGGAACCGCCAUUUUGCCCAUUUGGGGCUUCGGAGAGAAUUCGAUAAGAAGUGCAGAACUGGAGAAAUACCGGUCGAGAAAAGGCAUUCUCGUGUUUGUUAGCCACAGACAGUCGGGUGUUGUCGCACACCUGUCCCCUCCUAUGCGUUUAGAGUGGUUUUAAUUAGAAUUUCAAUUACGG